CGGAAGAGGCAGCGCAGCGCCUGCUCUCUGCUGCCGGGAGAUUCGAUCCCUCAACCCGCGCUGCCCGCUGCACCAAACCCGCCUGGAGGUAGCACAAACACCAGACCACCGCCAGACCACCAGCAGACCCCCGUCUGACUCUGGAGCCAUGCUGUCCCUCCAGGUCGGGAUCGGCAGCCGCUAAAGCGUCACUUCCAUCCGGAUGGAGGCCAUGGAGGUGGACUCCCCAGGGGAGAUGCGGGGAGGAGGAGGAGGCGGCGGCAGACAGCACGCGGUUGCUGUUGUUGCUGCAGCAGCAGCAGGAGAUGCCAGCGCGCCACACGUCAUCUCAGACUCCGGCAGCAGCACCGAGGUGGACGAGGACGACGACGAGGACAAUGAAGGGGGGCGGACGGCGGUGCGUGCACCCCCCAGGCUUCCUGCCACCUGGGCGUUCAGUCAGAGAGCGGUGGGUCGCUCUGCAGCCGCACCUUCAGCAGCUCACGGGGCGCCAAUACGGAGGAGACUCAGGCAGGGCCUCAGGGUUCACUACCCCAGCCAGACUGCAGCGCCCUCCAGAGGCUUUCCGGAGUUCCUGCUCCGUGCGCCGGCUGCCAGCGUGGCCGAGCCAGAGUCCGGCAGCACCACCGAGGUCAGCGAGUCUGACGAGGAGGAGGAGGUAGAGCGUGUAGAAGGCCCGCCUGCUGCUCCGGAGCUUGUGAACCCGGCGCCGCCUGCUAGCCCUCGCCUCAGCGCCUCCGCCCAACACACACGACCACAGGAAGCCGGACCGACCAACUCCAGUUCAGCUGCAGAUGGAGAGAGGACAGAAGCUCAAAAUAAGAACGUCAAGCCGGUCCCUGUGGCCUCGGCGUCCGUCCAGCCAGCGGCGUCUGAAGAGGGCGAAGGCGACAUCUGCUCCAUCUGCUUUGAGGCGUGGACGACGGCGGGGGAGCACCGCCUGUCCACGCUGCGCUGCGGACACCUGUUCGGCUUCACCUGCAUCCAGCGCUGGGUGAAAGCUCAGGGCCCGUCCGCUAAAUGUCCACAGUGCAACAAGAAGGCGAAGCGCUCGGACAUCGUUCUGCUCUACGCUCCAAAGCUCAGAGCGCUCGACAACUCGGAGCAAGAGAGCUUAAAGAAGUCUCUGGAGCAGGAGCAGUCUCUGAGGAGGAAGGCUGAACUGGAAUCAGCUCAGUACAAACUGAAGCUGCAGGUCGUCACCAACAAAUACGGACAAGCACAACAAGAGCUGCAGGAGCUGAGGGCUCUGAUCGCUCAGGCCGGCAGAAGCUCCCUCUCCUCCUCUUCCUCCUCGUCCUCCUCCUCGGCAUCCAGCUCGCUCCUCCUCCUCGGUCUGUCCCAGCGGGCCGACGGCUCCAGGUCGGCCCAGUACGGCUUCUCCAAGGCGGUGCUGGUGUCUCAGGCCGGCGGCUCCAGGGUUCUGUCCUUCUGCGAGCCUCUGAGCUGCCUGCUGGCCUCGCAGCCUUCGCCUCACUCCACGCUGGUCCCCGGUUGUGGCGUGAAGAUGGUGAGCGUGGUCAACAUGAAGGCGAGUCAGUACGUCCCCAUCCACAGCAAACAGAUCCGAGGUCUGUCCUUCAACAGGCAGAACGACAGCCUGCUGCUGUCGGCUGCUCUGGACAACACCAUCAAACUGACCAGUCUGCUGACCAACACGGUGGUUCAGACGUACAACGCUGGUAAACCCGUGUGGAGCUGCUGCUGGUGUUUGGACAACAGCAACUACGUCUACGCCGGUCUGAGCAACGGCUCCGUGCUCGUCUACGACACCAGAGACACCAGCACCCACGUCCAGGAGCUGCAGCCGCUACGCUCCAGGUGUCCCGUGGCGUCCCUGUGCUACGUCCCGCGGGCGGCGUCCAGCUCCUUCCCCUGUGGCGGGCUGAUCGCCGGCUCCCUGGAGGGCGGCUGCUUCUGGGAGCAGGUCAACGAGACCACGUACAGACCGCACUUGCUGCCGCUGGAGAGCGCCGGCUGCACCGACAUCCAGGUGGAGACGGAGAGCCGGCACUGCCUGGUCACCUACCGGCCAGGACGCUCCAACCCGUCCCUGCGCUGCGUCCUGAUGGCGCUGACCCGGACGCCUCAGCAGGACUCCAGCCAGCUGCCCAGCUGCUCCUGCUCUCCCGUGCAGACGUUCGGCGCCGGCUCGUCCUGCAAGCUGCUCACCAAGAACGCCGUCUUCAGGAGUCCGGGCGGCGCCGGGACGCUGGUCUGCGCCGGGGACGAGGCGUCCAACUCCACCAUGGUGUGGGACGCAGCCAGCGGCUCUCUGCUCCAGAAGCUUCCGGCCGACCUGCCCGUGUUGGACAUCAGCCCGUUCUCGGUGAACGGCGAGCACUUCCUGGCGUCGCUCACGGAGAAGAUGCUGAAGCUCUACAGGUGGGAGUGAACGAGGGAGGACUUUAC